AUGGACUUCAGUGCGGUGGAAAGGGCCAUGGAGUAUACUGAGGUACCAAUAGAAAAUAGUGACGGUGAGGAUGCUCCUGACCGGUGGCCUACAGAGGGGAGGUUGUCUGUCCGGAGCCUGACCGUGGCCUACUCGCCGGAGCUUUCUCCUGUCCUUCACAAUAUCACCUUUACUGUGGAACCCGGACAACGCCUUGGAGUCGUUGGACGGACCGGUGCAGGCAAAUCAUCGCUUGCCCUGGCACUCCUCCGUUGCCUAGAGGCACGCGAGGGGGCAAUUUUGAUUGAUGGUGUUGAUAUAAGUACUAUUAAACUGCAUCAUCUGCGCAGAAGACUCGCCAUGAUUCCGCAAAAUCCAAUACUUUUCACAGGCACCGUGCGAUCCAACCUGGAUCCAUUUGGCCAGUAUUCCGAUGACUCGCUAAUUGAGGCGCUCAAACGCGUCUUCUGGGACAAUCCCGAGGCGCUCCAUGCGUCUGUGGCCGAUGGAGGGUCAAAUCUGUCUUGUGGUGAACGCCAGAUACUUUGCCUGGCGAGAGCGAUGCUGUCAGCCCCAGCUGUGCUCGUCAUGGAUGAAGCGACAUCUGCUAUGGAUCAUGACACCGAUCAGAUGAUCCAGCGUUCUAUUCGCUCUCAGAUUGGAAAGAAGAGCCCGACACUGAUUGUUAUCGCACAUCGUCUACAAACUAUUGCUGACUUUGACCGUGUGCUUGUUCUGCACGAAGGAAGGGCAGUGGAAUUCGGGUCUCCCCAGGAUUUGAUGCAGUCCCGAAACGGGCUAUUCCGACAGUUGGUGGACGAUGAUGUGGGUAAAGAGAACCUUUAUAACCAGAUGAAUAUUGCAGGCAGGUAG